AUGACAUCAUUGGGGCAGCGCACCCGCGUAGAUCCGGCUCAAGCUGGGAUUCUGAUGGCAGCCUUUCAGAGGAAUCGAUUCCCGGGCAUCGCCGCCCGGGAAGAACUGGCCCGAAAGACAGGGCUCAGCGAGGACAGGAUCCACAUCUGGUUUCAGAACCGACGAGCUCGCCACCCGGGCGGGCAACCGCCGAAAGUGAGGAUGCCGCCUUCACCCGCCGUGUCUCUGCCUCUGCCUGAGCAUCCGCCGCAGCAGGCGGAGGCGUCUAGAGCACUGUCUGCAGCUCUGCCUCCAGCUCGGCUUCCCCAUUGGGCAGCUGCUCCGCCGAUGUUCACCAGUGCCAGCGGCCUCGUCGCCAUGCCCGGGAUGGAGCCCUCCAUGCCCCAGGCACCGCUCUGGGGCCCAUGCCAAGGAAGGGCCCAGCCUGCGGCGGGCAGUGAGCCAGCCAGCCUGGCGGCCCUGCCUGCCACCGUGUGUGCGCCUGUGCCGCACCGCGCUGAGCACUCCCAGCAGCGAGGGCGAGCCUCCGGGGCUCUGGCUGGACCAGAGCCUGCCCUUCUGAAGGAAGGGUCCACACGGGGUCCCCCGUUCGCAUUUUGGCCUGGGCCUGCAGGAGAAGCGUCCCUGGGCUGGCCGCAGAAAUCACAGCCAGGCUCCCGGGCCAGCCGCAUGCCCCCACUGACUACGUGGGCUGCGCCUUCGAUUGGACCCGCAGGAGUGCCUCCAGAGCAAGCCAAGGAAGAUCCCAGAGAAGUCAGCCUUCUCGAUGCCUUCCUGUCUGGGGCUGACUUCCAGGAAGAGGCAGUCGACCUUCAGGCUCCAGGUGCCCCGCAGGACGAGAGGCCCGCAACGCCGCCAUCACCGCUCCUGGACGAGGAGGAAUUUCAGGCCCUCAUGGACAUGCUCUGCAGCUCCCCCUGA